AUGGGUUCCCUCGUGUUGGGGUUGAGUCCUAUUUCUCUUCAGCAGUUACCAACCAAUCGGCUUUUAGAUCUUUUACCAGCCUUAUCCGAUCAUGCAGAAUCACUAAGUGGUGCACAAAUCCUGGCUGUUUUUCGGAACCUGUGGGUAUGUUUAUAUGUGUGCUUUAUGAAUUUAUUUAAUACAUCUCCAUUAGACUUAUGCAUUCAUUUUCAGGCGAAUUACAGUUCGUCUAGAUUUAGGUCGAAUGGUGCGUUGUCCUUAUUCUGUAAACUCUGAAGUGCCGUGUGUAACCGAACGACUCAUGCAAUGGACAAUUAUGCUCAUUUGAUUUUUGGUUCGGAGUUCUCUCCAUUGCUCUAGAAAAAGAAACAAUUGAUGGGGGGAAAAAUGAUUGAUGGUUAGGGGCAGACACGAAAUUUAGAUUUUAUUCACAGAUCAAAUGAGAAAUCACCAAUAGAGGGGGGAAAAGAGAAUCAGUAAAACAAAAAAAUCUAUAUUUAAAAAAAUGUCUUAUCUAUAAAUAUGUAAAUAUUUUUACUGUUCCUUCUUCUUUUCCCUCUAUUUUUUCCUUACUUAAUCAGUGCACUGCAAAAUAAAUGCAUAAUAUUUAUAUUAUUUAUAUUUUGGGCUACACUGAUUGCCAAUUUUUGUGCAAUAUUUGGACGAGCUGACCCGUCAUAUGGACAACUAUCCAAAGACCCGAACUAAAUCUUAUUUUCCGUUGAAGUAAUUUGAACACUGAAUUUUUACAUCAUGUAACAAGUCUAAUCUCCAAUAUACUGAUCACAUCCAUAUCCCACAUCACUUGCAGUCUUUAGUAAAGAGGGAGCAAAGAGACAUCUGUGGCAGAAAAUAAUAGUUCUGCAAAAACACAUGUAAUUCUCCUCUAACCUAAAGAGAGAAAACAUAUUAGGAAAGAACACAUACAGGGGUUAUAUCUUAAGCUGGGGCAGGGCCUGACUGCUGAGCAAGCAAGGAUGGGCUGCAUGGGCUCCUCAGUUACAACUCUAAAGGGAGCAUAUAAUUACAGUAAUAUGGCUAUUUUAAGCGACUGUUUUCUUACCAAGGGUUUAAAGAGAGACUCUGAUUAGUAUAACUCGCACCGGUGAUCGGUUUAUUUGGUGUUCCCCUAGAUAGCCUCAACGUUGGCCUAUUGACCUACUUGAAGUGGGGAACGUGGCCGAUUCCCUACUCCUGCAUAGCUUUGGUGUUACAGCUGACCCUGUACCCCCAUCCCUUUUUGGACUAGUAGGGGUCAUCCCGGUACCCGCUGGAGGGGAUUUCAGCUCAUAUGGAUGAAGAGACUUUGCUAAUUUUAUGUACACAAAUGUUAAAGGCAUAUAAAAUGGCAGCUGCCAAACCUAUACAUCUUCUCAUUUGGCAGUCUUCAUGGGAUGACUCAUUUACUCAAGCUUUUGAGGCUCUUUGCGACUUUUGGGCAAGGCUGAACCAGCACUAACACACCACAAAGUUGACUUCUAAUAGGGCUGGAAGUAUUCAGAAACCCACAUCUUCUCAACCACACAAGCUGUCAAGUCUUAGAUAAGACUUAGCUGGGCUUCGAGUCUCUGGAGGGAGACUUCCUCGACAUUGCCCAACAAUGGGGUAAUGCGUGGCUGCUGUUGCCAUCAGUUCCAUCACACAGAAAUACAUGGGCCUCUACCAACUAGGACACUCAAGUCAGAUCCGUGGUCCAAUAUUGUCAUCUUGUAUAUGGUCCUUGGGCUGGUGGUGUAGAUAACGUCUGCCGUCUAUGCCUUUGAAGAGUUUGACAGGGCUGCUAUAUUUUCCCAGAGGUUGGUGUGGGGAUGAAAAACGUCUGUUCUUGUGUCUAUCACCGCCUUUACGUAUAUAUGCUGAGACUGAGGGUGCUAUGACAUGCCUCCUAUGUUUUUGUUUUAAGCUGAGUGUACUAGAUCGUAUUAGUUUUGUUUAUUCUCUGUUUUAUUGUCUUACACUAGUCUCAUAUGUUCAUAUGUUCCCUUCAAUGGCAUACAUAUGUAUUACUUACUAAGCAAAGUUACUGAUAAGCACUACAUAAUUUAAAACUUGUGCAGCUCUCUUGACAUGUGUCAUCCUUGCAGGGCUGGUGCCGCCCUAGGCAAAGAUCCAUUUUGCUGCCCCUCAUGUCACUAACUCACUGACAGACACACACUGGCAGACACACACACUCACUGACAAACACACAGACACACUCUCACUGACACACAUACACUCACACACACACACACACACACACACAGAAACUCACUAACAAACAUACACUCACUCACUGACAGACAGACAGACAGACACACACACACAUACACAGACACUUACUGACAGACAUACACUCACUCACUGACAGACAAACACACACUCACUGACAGACACACACACACACACACACAGACACUCACUGACAGACAUACACUCACUCACUGACAGACACACAUGCACACACACACACAGGCACUCACUGAUAGACAUACACUCACUCACUGAUAUACACAAACAGACAGACACUCACUAACAUACAUACAAUAACUGAGACACACACACACAGAAACUCACUAACAGACAUACACCCACUCACUGACAGACAGACAUACACACACACACUUACACUAACUGACAGACAUACACUCACUGACAGACAGACAGACGCACACACACUCACUGACAGACAGACAGACGCACACACACACACACAGGCAGACACUCACUGACAGACGCACACACACACUAACAGUCAAACACUCACACACUCACUGAUAGACAAACACAAAAACACACAGGCAGACACUCACAGACAGACACACACACACAGACACUCACUGACGGACACACACACACACACACAGGCAGACACUCACUGACAGACACACACAUACACACACUGACAGUCAAACACUAACACACUCACUGACAGACAAACACAGACACACACAGACAGACACUCACUCACAUACAUACACUCAAUUACUGACAUACACACACAGACAGAUAGACACUCACUGACAUGCAUAAACUCACUCACAAACAGACAGACAGACACACACACACACUCACUGACAUACAUACACUCACUCACUGACACACACUCACUCACACACAUACACAGACACUUACUGACAGAUAUACACACAUACACUCACUCACUGACAGACACACACACUCACACACACACACACACACACUUACUGACAGACAUACACUCACUCACUGACAGACAAACACACACAGACACAGACACUCACUGACAGACAUACACUCACUCACUGACAGACACACAUGCACACACACAGACACUCACUGACAGAAAUACACUCACUCACUGAUAUACACAAACAGACAGACACUUAAUAACAUACAUACAAUAACUGAGACACACACACACUGAAACUCACUAACAAACAUACACUCAUUCACUGACAGACAGACAGACACACACACACACACACUGACACUUACUGACAGACAUACACUCACUCACUGACAGACAGAUGCACACACACAGAGACACUCACUGACACACACACACAGGCAGACACUCACUGAUAGACACACACACACACUGACAGUCAAACACUCACACACUCACUGACAGACAAACACACACACACACAUAGGCAGACACUCACUGACAUACACACACAAACAGACAGACACUGACAUACAUGCACUCACAGACAGACAGACACACACACACAGACAGACACUCACUGACAUACACUCUCUGACAGACACACACACACACAGACACUCACUGACAUACAUACACUCAUUCACUGACACACACGCACUCACUGACAUACAGACGCACACACACAGACACUCACUGACACACACAUACACACACACACACACAUGCAGACACUCACUGACAGACACACACACACUGACAGACAAACACACACACACACACACAGGAAGACACUCACUGACAUACACACACAGACAGACACUGACAUACAUACACUCACACACAGACAAACACACACACUCACUGACAGACAGACACACACAGACACUCACUGACAUACAUACACUCAUUCACUGACACACACUGACCGUUAAACAUUCACACACUCACUGACACACAUACACAAUUAAAUUUUUGAGGCCCAUCCAGCCUCCCUACCUUCCUUUUGUCCAGUGUGGGGCAGCUCCUCACUCCUCCAGAGCUCUGUUUAGUAUGCAUCACAGAGGGCGCGUGAGGGAGGAGUGAGAGGAUGCAAGAAGAAAAGAUUUGUUGGCAGAGCAAGCACCUGCCAUCCAGGUAAGCAAGUGUCUGCUCUGCCUUACCUACCACUGCAUCGGGGGUUUCCUGGGGUGGCCAGAUGGCCACCUCCUGACCCUUCUGUGACAGGGCUCUUCUCGGCGCCCCCACCUUCGGGCGCUUUGAGAAUCGUCCCGUCGUUGGGGGUGGCUCAAAAGCCGCUCGCCCAGCGCUGCGGCCCCAGACAGGUGCAGGCAGCCCACCAGGAAACAUCCUGGUAGGCGGUCCCAGCAGGCUGGCGUCCUAGGCGAAUGCCUAGUUCGCCUAACGGUUACGCCGGCUCUGAUAAUCCUUGUUUCUGACACGUCUCUGAUGCUCAUAAUGGCAUGUCUAGUUGUCUAUAUCCAUAUGUGAGUCUGUCAUUGCAUUAAAAAAAUAAAAUAAGAGGGGCACAUCUGGUAUUCCCAAAUAACAGUGAUGUUGUGUUGGGGAAAAUAAUAGAAACUCCAUACUGGAUUAAUCAGAAAUGUCCACUUCCAUUUCCUAUAAAAUAAGGGAGGUGCCACUGAAGGCUGCUAAACCGCUCACUUGACCAAGUACCAGCUCUUCUCUACACCUCUCCACAAAUGGUGGGAUGUAAUGCUUGGUUGGGACCAAGGUAUGAGUGGUGGGGGACUUACUUUCUAUUGCUGAUAAUACUAACAGAAAAUUGUUAAGAUUAUUGUUGAUAUUAUUACACAAAACAGAGCCAGUUGCACAUUUUUUGUGAAGUAACUGUAACACAAGGAGCCACAAAUUUUGAUAACCUUAGAUAGUCAAUAGAUAAACAAUAGAGAAAAUGUUCCUGCUGAUAAUUCUAUAUUUGUAGACUGUGGUGAAUAUUACAAACAGACUGGAGGAAAUGGGGCCCUUGUUAUACUCAUUACCGCUCAUCCAGCUGCGCAAAAGAAAACAAGAAAUUCUGUCUGACCUGAGAAAUAUAUCUCAUGCAAAAUGGAACCUACAACAGGUAAAGCAUGAAAUUCAAUUAACACCUAUAUCCCUUAUCUGUUCACAUGCCAGCAACUACCAGUCUAUCAUUAGAAGUACUGGUGAAAUUUGAAUAAUGUGUCAAGUAUUGGACACACUGCCUAAAGUAAUUCUCUCAUGGUCCAACAUUCCCCAGUUUUGUUCUCCACCACUGCCUGACAGAAGAAGGGUCACUGCUUGAUUAGAAAAUAAUCACCAUAUGUUCUAGUCAGGAGCAUAAUGUUCACUUUAUCAUGUUGCAUUUUAAAGGCACAGUUCCUGUUCCGAGAGGCUGCAAAAGUGCGUUCUCUACAAAGUGGAAUCACGUGA